AUGCCAUUCAAUAUAACAUUUUUAAGAAAAAAUCGUCAAGAAAAUGAAAAAACUUUUAAACAACGUAAAUCAUUUGCUAUGCGUCGUGAAGAAGUAUUGGGAAUUCGGGCAAAAUUUCCAAAUAAAAUUCCGAUAAUUGUUGAACGAUCAACAAAAGAACGAUAUCUACCCAGAUUGGAUAAGACAAAAUUUUUAGUUCCACAAGAAUUGACAAUGGGAAGAUUUAUGACCGUAAUCAGAAAUCGAAUGAAUUUAAAUGGACGACAAUCACUUCAUUUUAUGAUUAAUAAUCAAACAAUUGUUGUCGAAAUGUCACGUACAAUGAAUGAAAUAUAUAAAGAACAUAAAGAUAAAGAUGGUUUUCUUUACAUAACAUAUUCUUCGCAAGAAAAUUUUGGAUAAAUUUAUUUGAUCUAUUAAGAGAAAGAAAGAAAAAAAAACAAUAUUAUUUACACAUUGACA